UAUUAUCAACCUUGCCACACCAGAGGGCGCUGUUGACACAUGUAUUUCUCCCAGAUGGAAAGCAGAGAAUGGCUUGAAGAUCACGCACUAUUUCAACUAUCACACGCACCGUCGCGACGCCACGCCAGAUUGUGACACCCGGACACAUCACGUGGUCCUAACAGCUGCGCUGCUUUUCCUCCACAGACGUCGUCGGACUUCCACCUCAAAACAUGGACCUGCUAGCUGGCUAACAAUGCUAGCCGUAGCACAACAACAACAUGGUGGUCCCUCGUCAGGCUGGCUUACUUUCACAGGAAAGGAAACGCGGUUUUGAUAACACGUUGUUGUGUCGGAACUUGUGACUUUAAAGUGGACCGACUGGAGCGUGUUUGGGACAACUGUGGAGCCAUAUUGCUGGCAGGUAUUGUCAUGACUGGACCUGACACGGUUUGACCCGUUUACUGCUACUGUGGAGUCAUUUCAAUGCUUUUAUACAACUGAAGGGACUUCUAGAAGACAAAAUGCUGUUUAGUAGUCUUUGGAAAUCUCGCUAUAAAACCCAUUUUGGAGCUGCUGACUGCUGGUGGCGACCAGGGCUGGUCGUCCUGUUGUGCUGGUCAUGCGUGACCCAGUUGACUUGUGGCAACGGGACAUUUGAGGAGAGUAAACAUAUCGUCAUCCAGAGAGACGGCGAGUUUGACAUGACCUACAACGACACGGUUACCAGCGAAAACCAGACCAUCUACGCGUUCAAUCACACCGUCUCAAGGAACAAGACGGAGGGAGUGCGAGUGUCCGUGGACGUGCUGUCUCAAAACCUGAAGAGUCCCAUCCUGUUUGUGGUGCGACAGAAGCAAGCGGUGCUCUCAUUUCAAGUACCUCUCAUUCUUAGAGGCCUGUACCAAAGGAAAUAUCCAUACAAUCAUUUAGGCCGGACAUUGUGCCAGCCUCCAACGAAGGCUGCAUCAGAGACACAGUACUUCUUUGUGGAUGUGUCUACACUUUCCAGCCAGGGUACAAACUACCAGCUUAGGGUCAGCCGGGUUGAAAGCUUCACCUUGCAGACAGACAAGACAUUCAGUUUCACUGCGUCGCCAUCUCAACCUCAGUACUUCAAGUAUGUAUUUCCUGAAGGAGUGGACACUGUGAUCGUGAAGGUCAGCUCAGACAUGAACUUUCCUUGCUCGGUUAUGUCCAUCCAGGACAUCCAGUGCCCAGUCUAUGACCUAGAUAAUAACGUGGCCUUCAUUGGGAUGUAUCAGACUAUGACCAAAAAAGGUGCCAUCACAGUCCAGAGAAAAGAUUUCCCUAGCAACAGUUUUUACGUGGUGGUCGUGGUAAAAACUGAGGAUGAGGCCUGUGGCGGUCCACUGCGCUUUUACCCCCUGCGCCCUGAUGAGCUAAUUGAUGCUGGCAACCGCAGCAAAAUCUUAGAUGUUGUGGUUUCCCCUGCUAUCGAGUCGGAGGUGUAUGUGAUGGGCAUGCUGUUCUGUCUCGGUAUUUUCCUCUCCUUCUAUCUGCUUACUCUGCUGGUGGCCUGUUUGCAGAACAAACGUGCCAAGAGGAGAGCGCUCUUUCACAAUAUUGCUGACACGUCACCUGCUGAGACAGCCUCUCUGCUUGGAAAAACCAGCGAUGGCAAGACUCCAGCUUCCCCAAAUGAAUAUGGCUCUCUUGCAGACAGCACAGUGAGUUCAGAAGCGGUCACUGAGAGCGCCCCCUCAAUUGACAGCGCCACGUCAGCUGACAACUACGGAUACAUGGGAAGGGAGGCUUUCAAACGUCGACCAAUCCUCAAUCAGAUGCACCACAUAGCCAUCCGCUUUGAGCGGUCUUUGGAGAAUGUUGGGAGAAGCAGACAGGAGUCUUUGAGCUCCAUAGAGGAGGAUGACUAUGACACACUGGAUGAUAUCAACUCAGAUAAAAACAUUGUCCGCACAAAGAAAUAUCUUUGUGUGUCAGACCUGUCUCGCAAAGACAAGAGGGUUCUCAGCAAGAAAUAUCAAAUCUACUUCUGGAACAUCGCCACUAUUGCUGUUUUCUAUGCCCUGCCUGUCAUCCAGCUGGUCAUAACCUAUCAAACGGUUGUUAACGUUACCGGAAACCAGGAUAUCUGCUACUACAACUUCAUGUGCGCUCAUCCUCUUGGAGCUCUGAGUGCUUUCAACAACAUCCUCAGCAACCUCGGCUACGUGAUGCUGGGACUCCUCUUUCUCCUUAUUGUCCUGAAGAGAGACAUCGUCCACAACCGAGCUCUGUCCUGCAAUGAUGUCAACGCCCUGGAAUGCGGUAUCCCAAAGCACUUUGGUCUCUUCUACGCCAUGGGAACCGCUCUCAUGAUGGAGGGCUUACUCAGCGCCUGCUACCACGUUUGCCCUAACUAUACCAACUUCCAGUUCGACACGUCCUUCAUGUAUAUGAUUGCUGGCCUAUGUAUGUUGAAGUUGUAUCAGAAGAGACACCCGGAUAUCAACGCAAGCGCUUACACUGCCUACGCCUGCUUGGCCGGGGUAAUCUUCUUCUCUGUGCUUGGAGUGGUGUUUGGGCGAGGAAACACUGUGUUUUGGAUCGUUUUUUCAGUGAUCCACAUUUUGGCCACACUGCUCCUCAGCACACAGCUUUACUACAUGGGAAGAUGGAGGCUUGACUCUGGCAUCCUGCGCAGAAUGGUCUACAUCGUCUACACGGAUAGUAUCAGACAGUGCAGCGGGCCAAUGUACAUAGAUCGCAUGGUGCUGCUGGUCAUGGGGAACAUCGUCAACUGGUCGCUUGCUGCCUACGGCCUCAUCGAGAGGCCAAACGACUUUGCCUCCUAUCUGCUGGCGAUCGCUAUCUGUAACCUUCUGCUCUAUUUUGCCUUCUACAUCAUCAUGAAGCUGCGGAGCGGCGAGAGAAUCCGGUGUCUGGCGCUGGUGUGUAUUCUGUUUACGGCCGUGGUUUGGGGCUUUGCGCUCUAUUUCUUCUUCCAGGGUCUCAGCACCUGGCAGAAAACCCCGGCAGAGUCUCGUGAACACAACCGAGACUGCAUCCUGCUUUCCUUCUUUGACGACCACGACAUCUGGCACUUCCUCUCGUCCAUCGCCAUGUUCGGAUCCUUCCUGGUUCUCCUGACCAUGGACGACGACCUCGACGCCGUCCAGAGAGACAAGAUCUACGUGUUCUAACAAGACACGAGAAGUGCAUUCUUCUUCUUGCCUUAUCGUCCUUCUCGGUCCAUCCAUGUCAAAAAGCAGAGCCGGUAGCCUUCCGGGCCGAUUACUGUACAUGUCCAGGGGCAGGGUGGUGGCCCCUGGUGUUGAACCAUUUUGUCGUCAUGCUGCCAGUAAUGAUCUCGCUGUUGUACUUGAUACUGUCUACUAUGAAGAUAACAUACUUCACUGAAAAUUAUUUUGACUGCAAAUGAAUGUUUAUAUGCUG